CCGUCUUUUUUUGUCAACUCUCUCAUUCUCAUCUUCAAACCCCCAAAAAUAAUAAAAAACAUUCACAUCCAUCCGCUCAUUUGCUUCUUCUUUUGGCCUGCAUGAUUCAUUCUUUGGCAUCGCAAGCACCAGCCGUAUUUUGGAACUACUAGCAGAUUCGUUCCAAUCUCGUCAUCAUACACUCCCCAGAAUUAAUACGCUGCAUAUUCUUCUUCUCUAGCUUUUUCGACGGAUUGAUAUUAUUCUUCUACACACCCUCCCCCUUCCAUUUCAACAAAUUAUCAUCCAUCUAUCGUUUUUAAUUCAUAAUCAACAACAACGACAACAAUAUGAUUUCUGGAAGAUUAUUGGCAAGCGUUGUCCUCGCGCUUUCUGUCUCUCAAUCCGUAUCCGGCCUUACACUUGAUACUUCAGAUCCAAGUAUGUGUUGUCACGCGUCCUUGACUUUACAAUUUUGCUGAUAAUCUCUUCCAUAGCUUCAAUCAAAAAUGCAGCAGGCACAAUUGCAUAUGGUCUUAUGAAGUAUUAUACUGGCAAUGUCACCAACACGCCAGAAACUAUCGCCGUCCUGCCAUCACCCUAUUACUGGUGGGAGGCCGGAGCAAUGUGGGGAACCAUGCUCGACUAUUACCACUACACCGGGGAUUCUUCAUAUAAUGAUGUUACCACACAAGCCUUGGCAUCUCAAGUUGGUCCACUCUUUGAUUACAUGAUGCCAAAUCACCAAAAGGAUGAAGGAAAUGAUGAUCAAGCCUUUUGGGGAAUGUCUACCAUGUCUGCCGCAGAAAAGAAUUUCCCGGAACCUUCCAACACCGGUGGAUUUACUUGGGUACAAUUGACCGAAAACCUUUGGAACACCCAAGCUGCCCGUUGGGACACGUCGGCAUGUGGCGGUGGAUUAAAGUGGCAAAUAUUCUCAUUCAACAAUGGUUAUACCUACAAGAACUCCGUUUCUAAUGGAGCCUUUUUUCAACUUUCUGCACGCCUUGCACGAUAUACCGGAAAUCAAACAUACGCCGAUUGGGCAGAAAAGGUUUUCGAUUGGACUACCAAGAUCGGAUUUAUUGAUUCAGACUUCAAUACUUUCGACGGUGCUGAUGAAUCCACAGGUUGCACCAAUCCGAAUGAAAUCACAUGGAGCUACAACAAUGCUAUUUACUUGUAUGGAGCCGCCGUCAUGUAUAAUUACACCACUGACUCUACAUGGCAAUCACGAACUCAAAGCUUAUUACAGGCCUCUAGUCACUUCUUCACAUCGGAAAGUAUCAUGUACGAACUGGCGUGCGAGACAGUCAACACCUGCAACAAUGAUCAAUAUUCAUUCAAAGCCUAUCUCUCACGCUUCAUGUGGGCAACGACUCAAAUGGCACCUUUCACCAAGAACACAAUCACGACAUAUCUUACAAAAUCAGCAUCAGCAGCAGCAGGCAUUUGUACUGGGGAUGCGAAUGCUUGUGGUACAAAAUGGUAUACAGGGUCAUUUGAUGGAGUAGUUGGUCCCGGACAACAAAUGACUGCUCUUGAGGUUAUUCAAGGAUUAUUGAUCUCUUCCGCUUCGCCGCCAGCGGUCAAAGGCGAAGCACUUGUCCAAUCAGCAUCUUCUUCGACAUCAUCAGCCAUUACAAGCACUACCAGCACAUCCCCCGUUUCAAGUUCCAGCAGUGAGUCUACCACUGCCAGCGCUAGCAGCGCUGCAAGCACUUAUUCGUCAUCAGACGUCGCCGUAACGUAUACCUCCAUCGAAAGUGCCACGGUUCCGUCCAUGACUAGCUCUUCUUCUACGGUACUCCCUUCCCCCGAAGUUUCAUCCUUUACCACACAGCCUUCUCCCACGCCCUCAGAAGAGAUACAAUCCUCUUCUCCUACGAUACUUCCUUCCCCGGAAGUUCCAUCCUUUAACGCACAGCCUUCUCCUACGUCCUCAGAAGAGGUACGAUCUUCCACAGCAAUCAUCUCAUCUUCUGCACAACCUUUUUCUGAAUUGACAUCUGCUUCCCCUGCUCUCACAACAUCUGCACCUAUUUUCGACACAACUACCACCAUCAAAAUCCUCCACAGCACAACUGUAUCUUGCAACACCUCUAUAUAUACCAACUCCACUGGUUGGUUUACGCCAUCAUCGUUUCUAUCUAGCCGUCUUACAACUGUUUCACCGACCCCUGCUACUGUUACAAGUGCUUUGGCUGCAUCUUCACCUGCGUCACUCGUACUUUCAACCUCCUUACUGAUUGAUACUUCUACACAGCCGAUGCCUAUCGCUUCGGGAACUGUUUCGAAAGGAACCGCGAGUUCACCAGCUACCACUUCCGCUUCGGCUUCGGCUAUUAAGGCUACGGUGACGGCUGCUGCGGGGAAGAGUAUGGGGGUUUCGGGAUCAGGUUUGCUGGCUGUUGUACUUGGUGCCGCAUUGCCAUGGGUCUUGUAGGGAGCGUGAGCGAUAAUGCUGAAUGGUGGCAUAGAAUGAAAUAAUGGAUAGGGGGGUAGACUGUAUUAAGCGGUAUAUGAUUGGGUUGGAAGAGGAAAUUGUAUAGAUUCUCUUUUACUCGUUUUAUUAACAGAAUUUCAUACUGCCAAAUUUUUCAGUUGAAUUUGAGACGUUGAUUUGGUGGGCAUUGCAGCUAGGGGCGUACUGGAGCUAUUUUCUUGUUGUUGGAUGUAUAUGAUGCAUGGACUGGAGGAGGCGAUGGCGAAUGUGUCUGGGACGGAAUGGAACAACUAGAAGCCUACGAGAAGAUCUGUAUAUUUUUGAAAGAUACCCCAGAUCAAUAGAUACCACAGAUAGAAAGGGGAGGGAUUUUAUUUUAAAAAGUUGAUUGGUGUGUAUAUUGGGUCCAACUUGAACUCCGAAUUUGGUAUUUAGGACAGGGUAAGAAAGGAGAAAAGGAGAGGGGAGUUAAGAGGGAGAAUAGGUGAGGGAUCUCAUAACGAUUUCAUAUCAAGAUGGAGUUGAUGGUAGAUGGUAAAUGGCAGAUUGCGAAAGAAGGAAAACAAGGCAUUUCAUUUCUUGUCGAUAGCUAGAGCUUAUCCAGGUAUA